AUGGACCUGAGGAGCACCAGCCAUGCUGGUGUGGAAGAGAUCAUUCCACUUUGCCAUGAAUCACUAAAUGGCUCUUGCCCCAAAUUCUCCUAUCCAGAUGUUAUUCGGGUUCCUUUAUAUGUUUUCUUUGGGACAUCAGUGGUGAUAACAGUGGUUGGUAACCUGCUUGUCAUCAUCACUGUGGCUCAUUUCAAACAGCUCCACACACCCACAAACUACCUCAUUCUGUCUCUAGCUGUGGCAGACCUGUUGCUGGGUGGCUUUGUGAUGCCCCCUAGUGUGAUGCGAUCUAUAGAAUCAUGUUGGUAUUUUGGGGAGUGGUUCUGCAAAAUUCACACCAGUACUGAUGUAAUGUGUUGUACUGCCUCAAUUCUGAAUCUGUCACUGAUUUCUAUCGAUCGAUACUAUGCCAUAGGACAACCUCUCCAGUAUAACUCUAAGAUCACUGGCUCUGCCAUAGCAAUUGUGAUUUCUAUAAGCUGGGGUAUAUCUGCAGUUGUUGGUUUUGGAAUGGUGUUCCUAGAGCUCAACAUUUGGGGCAUUGAGGAGUUUUAUUAUAGCGUCAGCUGUAUGGGUGGCUGUAUUUUGUUACAAAGUGUUGCAUCAAGCACGGUUUCAUCUUUGAUGUCCUUUUACAUCCCUGGCGUGAUCAUGCUUGGCAUCUACCUGAAAAUCUAUCUCAUUGCACAGCAACAAGCAAGGUCAAUUCACCACAAACACAUGCAAGGUCGGAAACAAGCAGUUGUGAGUAAAAUGGAGAGGAAGGCCACCAAAACGCUUGCAAUCAUCAUGGGAGUAUUCCUGUCUUUCUGGCUGCCGUUUUUUAUUUGUAACAUCAUCGAUCCUCUUAUUGGUUACUCCAUUCCCCCUUUUUGGUUUGACACGGUUGUGUGGAUUGGUUAUUUUAAUUCAACAUGUAAUCCUCUUGUGUAUGCGUUGUUUUACAGCUGGUUUAGGAAAGCAUUCAGAAUCAUUGUACUCGGCAAAGUAUUUCAGAGUGACUCAUCAAAAACCAAUUUGUUUACAGAGUGA